GCAAUAUAAGAAUUGGAUAGUAAAAAAUAUUUAUCUCGGAGGCAACAUUGAAUGUUGAUUUUUGAAAAGAGGGAGUUCACACAUGCGCAGUGGCUGCAGCAGCAGCAGCAGCAGCACUUUGCUUCUCCCAACCGUCACUGCUGCACCUGGCGCGAAAACCCGAGAACAAUGGAGCUGUCAACGGAGGAGCUGCUCCAGAAGUUAACAGAGUCAGGGAUUAUACUGACGGAAGAAGAGACACAGAGAUUCAGAGACAAUGACGUGGAUGGAGAGACAGUACAGUGCGGCUUGACUGAACAUAUGGUGGCAUUCCUUUUUUCUGGUUCAUUUAAAAAGCAACUUAAAUUCAACACAUUUGUACAGGAGCUGAAGGAUGUAACACUGACUUUAGUACCAGUGCCAGAUGUUAACACUGAGCAACCUUUGACAACAGACAGAAACGAGGCAAGUGGCAGACUGCCUCUUGGUUUUGUUAUUCCUCCUUUCCCUAGAGAUCUUCAGACCAGACUUGACAAAAGGGAAGCAUGUCAGAAGUCCAGCAAAGAUCGACAUACGAUCAUUCGUGUUCUGCAUGAAGCAGUUAUAGAACACACAAUGUAUCCCAACAAUGCGGAAUAUGUGCAAGUAGUUAGAGCACUUAUUGUGAAGUAUCCUUUUCUUAAGGAUCUGGAGGGAAACGGCUAUCAUACCUGGCAUCAGUCACUUAAACGCAAAUUCAAAGCAGAGCGUGCCCCUUUGAUUCAUGAAGACGAAGUGAAAAGGAGUAAAGAGAAGUUUGGUCACAAGAGAGCCAGAGAGUCUACAGAAGCGGCAAGAGCCUGUUGCAGAUCUGUGUCACGAGUACCUGCUGUGAUUGGUGAGGACGCGUCUUCUAUUGAGAGGCAUGUGCAAGUCCUACAUAUGCAGUAUGAGAAGAUGACACCUGACGCCUCUGUGGUCAACGACCGCAUGCAGCGAACUUUUGCAUGGCGAAGAAAGGAGAUCGCAGAUGGCAUGGCAGUGGAGGACGUAUUAAAGAAAUACCCUUUCCUAAGAACACCCACAGGGUUGUGCGAUGAGGUUGACAGGAUCCAUCCAUCUACGGUGAACUUGUACAGACGCUGGAAAGAGGGAUUCACUGGCAUAGUGCCUAAGGUGGUCAAGCUGGUGCAAGGAAAAUCCCCAUUAGCCAAGAUGUACACCGAAGCAAGGGAGGAAAUGCUGACAGAAGAUCUACCAGACGUUGACCUCCGUGCUGCGCUGAUCCUGUUGCCUCACAUCUUUAAAGAGAAGGUUGACCGGUUCAUUACAUUGGGACAGUAUGACGCUCAAAGUCCCUAUCCAACUGUACAGUUGGUAGACACUGACUGGAAGAUGGCCUUUACCAGGAAGGUUCCGGUUACGGUCAAAGUGGACGGCGUGGAUCUGUGCAGGGGAACAGGAGUUGAGGAUGGGGUAAUAGCCGCCUUCUGUACCUACUUUGUUUUCGACAUGGCUUACCCACCCUACAUGAAGAAUACCUUGUCCUUUCUUCAACGUACACUACUGAACAUUACUGUGGUGGGUGAAAAGCCCCUUCCAGUCACUGUGACUCGAAUGAUCAAUCUACUAUACUAAAUAUGCCA